AUGAGUUCUUCGACAAGUCCUCAAUUUGCUCCUGAAAACCAUCAACUUGAAUUCAAAAUUGGAUAUUUGAGAAAUUGUGAUAAAAUCGAAAACGAAGCAGAAAAUUUAACGCCAAAGCCAUCUCCAGCGCCAUGUCGUCGAAUCUUUCGAAGACCUCGGGCUGGCCGAGCAUGCGAGAUGUGCCAUUCAAGACGGGUGCGAUGCGACGCAGGAUCUCACGGAAUUCCAUGUACAAAUUGUGAGGCAUUAUUUUUGGACUGCAGUAUACCCCCGCGAAAGAAGAAUUCGAACAGGGAAGGAAGUUCUGCUGGUGGAAGAAGAAAGCUGGCCAUUUCCAUACAUAGAGUCAGACAGCCCGGUCCUUCUAAUGACAAAGAGGACGGUGGCGACAUCGACGAGGGAAAAGAUGAUGAUAGUUGGCUUUCUCAACUGUUCACAUCGAACCAUGACGAUUUUGCUUCCCUGAUUCUUCAAGCCGACCAGCAUAUCAAGCAACAACCGGACAUGGCAUACUUGCAGAAAAAGUCAUCAUUGGCAUUACUUAUGAAGGAUUAUUAUGGCUCAGCCGGUGCUGUCCAUUGUCCUCUGUCGGAUGAUGCGGCUAAUCAACACAUGGCUACUAAAAUCAACACGGAAGAGAUGGACAUUCUUAAAAAGCGAGGCGCGCUACAGCUUCCAUCUAGAGAUGUAUGUGAAGAGUUGAUUGACGCAUAUUUCAAAUGGGCAGCCCCCGUUGUAUCCAUUAUUAACAAGUCGUGGUUCAUGCAACGUUGGCACGACCUUGAAAAUCAACCUCCAUUAUUAUUAAUGCAAGCAAUCUUGCUGGCUGGAUCCAGAGUCUGCACUACAUCCAUGCUUUUAGAUGCAAAUGGCUCUCUGAUUCCCGCCGCGACAAUGUUUUAUAAGAGAGCAAAAGCCCUUUACGAUGCUGAUUAUGAAGAAGACCGUGUUAUUAUAGUCCAAGCACUUACUCUUCUAGGAUGGUAUUGGGAAGAGCCAGGGGUGGUUAUAAAGAAUGUUUUCUAUUGGAAUGGCUUAGCGAUUACUAUUGCUCAAGGUUUUGGAAUGCAUCGAAGUCCAAGCGGCUCUCGUCUCAGUGAAGCCGAUAAAAGGUUUGGAAAAGGAUAUGGUGGACCUUAUAUAUCAGAGACCGUCUACCAUACUACAAGAUGUCUUUUACAUCGUGCCUACAUGCCAUCCGUUAAAUCAUCAUCGGAACUUCAUGAGAAACUCGAUAUUUCGCAACACGCCGCUUUUCAAUCCGCAAGCCCCAUCACUACAAUCAUAGAGAAUCUGAUUGCACGCAAUGAAUUGAGAUAUGCUCCUCCAUUUCUGAUAUAUUCCUUACUGUUGGGCUUGAUUAUCCAUGUCUACGAACUCCAACUUGAUUCGCCAUCAACGAAUACAGCUGCAGGUAAAAGAUUUUCUAUAUGCAUGUCUGCUUUGGAAAAGCUUUCUGAUGUAUGGCUAGUCGCAAAAAUGGUUCGAGGACUUUUCGAGGCCAUUUUGCAGGCAGCAGGCUUUGGAAGCUAUACUCUCGAUGGGACCAAACGUUUCAAGCAAAUUGGCGAACACAAAGGAGAGGUAUGGGGACUUCUAGUCAACUCUGUAACUCCGUCAACAACAAUAAUGGUAUUUCCUAUGCAAAUACCGCCCGAAACACACGCUAAACAUCAAUCCGCAUCAUUCAUGCAUCACGAAGACGAUUUCUUUUUGACUGAUGAUCUCUGGGCUACGGCUGCAGUACUGAAUCCAAUUCCGGAAACAGUUCAAUAUCAAGAUCCUACAUUUCCUGACAACAUGAAUUACAUAGCUCCAGAUCAGAUGAUCUAUUGGAUACAACCUGGUUUUCAACAUACAAUUCCUACGACAUUAGAUGUUGCAGACUGGUUCGAUUACUUUGGUAUAAGAUAA